AUGAGCUCCUCACCUAAAAGGAUGAUCUUUUGGUUGUUGUACCAGCGGCCCCUCACGAGGACGCUGCCGUACACCAGGAUGUCGUUGAAAAGGAAGAAGCCCUUCGGCUGCCACUUCUUGCGACCCUGCUUCAUCAGAACGCCCUCUCCAAACAGGAUCCGACCGGGACAACACAGGGUCUCCCCCGAUGGGCCGAAGGCGUUCUGCACCGCCUGGAUGCGUUUUCGGUGGUUUAUCAUCAUCAUCACGACCGCAGCGGAGCAGAGCAUGUCACGUCGCAGCCCCGACUAUCACCAGACUCCCUCCUUUAACUGGAAAUCCAAACAGCAUGUGCCCAUCAGCCAGCCCAAGAAUUUCCCAAGCAGACCCGAUGUGACCCAAGCCUCGGGCAGCUGCGUGUCUCUCCUCUCCCUGUCCGACAGUCUUUCGAACACAGUUGAAACGCAAAGUGGGGUUUAUAGAUGUGGCCCUCGUCGUGACACGGGCGUGUGA